CCGCCGCUUGCAGAGCGCUGAGCGCCGAGCGGCAGCCGGACGGAGAGCCGAGCUGGGCUGCAGCCGGGCCGAAGGAGAUGCCCUUCAACAAGAUGAUCUUCUGGAAGUAACCGAGGGGGCCUGGGAGCCCCCACCCAAAACGUACAGAAAAUAUGAAUCCCACCCCUUGACAUUUCUGGAGGGUGCAGUGACAACACUGCUGAAGACAGAAGAAUUUGCAGAAUGAUGAUGGAUGCUGCACAACGCCAAAGUAUCAUCAGACGCAUUUGGCCACAGCUAGUAGACUUCCUGAGCGGCCAUUCUGAGUGGGUGCUGAAGAAAGCUGAGAUGCUUCUGUCUCGAGGCGAUCUGCGUUUCGUUGACACGGAGCCUGACCUCAAGAAGAAGCGUUUACUGGUCCUGGGUAUGAUCUUAAGAGAUGUGGACACCAAUCCUGAGGUCUUCAAGAAGUUCAUCCAGAGCGUCUGUAUGGAGUGCAGUCUUCCCAUGGAGCUUGAGAUCACAUUGAUGAGCAUCUCUGAAGAAGGCAGUGCAUCUGAAGGACAAGAUCCCCCAAAAGGUUCCUUCUCAUCAACUUCGAGAAAGAUUGAAAGACGUCGUCCGUUCAGCAAUUUGCCCAACAAUGGGAAAGAAUCAAAGCAGAAACGCUUCGAUGCUGCUGAAAGAUACAAUCAACACAUCCUCAGCUCGAUGUUUAGAAAAUAUGGAAUGAGCCACUCUGCGGAAGCAGCAGAAACAAAAGAUCAGCCCUUGGCUUUCAGCCAACAUUUUGUCAACCUUGUCAUCCAUCAAAGCAAAACAUCCAAGUUGAAAGCGGGAAAAGAGAAAAUCAAAGAGGAACCAAUGGCUCCACAUGAAUCCAAGGACCAUGGCAUCCCAAUGAUGAAUUUGUCCGAGCUUUUCAAAAGUGUCCCGAUGGGCAUCACCCAGGUUGUUCUACUUUUGGGCAAGGCUGGAAUAGGAAAAACAUGGUUAGUUCAUAAAAUCUGUCAGCAGUGGGCCGAGGGAAUCUUUCCCCAGUUCAAAUUGAUCUUCUUCUUUGAGUUCAAGCAGCUGAACCUCAUCAAGAGGAAACUAACUCUCCAAGAACUCUUGUUUGAUUAUUUCCUCCAACCAGAUCAACCCGAAACAGUGUUUCAAUUUCUCCUGGAGAACGCCCAACAAACCUUGGUCAUUUUGGAUGGUCUGGAUGAGUUCAUGGAGAAUAUCAUUGACUUUCCACCCAUCUCCUUCACCUACUUCUCAGAUCUUCUCAUACCUCUUUUUGUCUCUGAACUGGUGGCUAGUCUUUGCCAUGGAAAACUCUUGCCAGGUUGCACAGUGCUGAUUACAAGCCGGCCAAAGCUACUCCCUGCAGUAUUAGUCAGAAAUACCAUCCUGCCAGCAGAAAUUUGGGGAUUCGACCGUGACAAAGUUGAGGAAUAUGUUAGCUAUUUUUUCCAACAGCCUUUGCAGAAAGAGCAAGCGCUUGCUCUUCUGAAUGAAAAUGGCAAACUCUUGAGCAUGUGUUACAUCCCUGUGCUGUGUCACAUUGUCUGCAUCUGUCUGGAGCAUUUGUUCCUUGAAGACUCAGAGAGUGUCCAGCUCCCUCAAACCAGGACCCAGUUUUACCUCAUGAUGCUGCGGACUUUCAUCUGCAGACAUCAGGGUGGGAGGACUUUGAAUGAAAUAGACAUGGCUCAACAUCAAGCAAUCCUUGCAGAUCUCUGUGAGUUAGCCUUCAAGGGCCUUGAAGAGAAGAAAGGGGUUUUUGAUGCUGGAGAGGUCCCAAAACACGUGAAAGAUUUUUCUUGUCGCUUUGGUCUUCUUUUGACCUCUGAAGUGAAAACAGGCAAGGACCCUACUCAAGCAGGUUACACUUUUGCUCAUUUUAGCUGGCAAGAAUUCUUUGCAGCCCUCUUCCUGUUGACAAGCCCAACAGUAGAUGGCAAGAUGUUGAAGGAGAAGUUCUUCCUGAGGAAAAAAUGGAUUCUGAAGAAAGAGACAAGGAUGCCCUUUACAGAGAACUACCAUUUCUUCUUCUCUGGCCUUUCAUCUCAAGAAUGUAGACAGUUCCUUUGUUCCUUAGCUGGGCAAAAUGAGGUCUGGAUUCAGGAACGGCAGAGUAUUAUCAACAAGAUAUUGCAGAAACUCGCGGUUGCUAAUUUAACAGGACCCAAGAUAGUAGAGUUGUGCCACUGUGUGUACGAGACACAAGACAUUAGCUUAGCACAGCACGUUGCAAAACAGUUAAGUUUCAAAUAUCAAUUCAGAAACUUCAGGUUGAUGCCCUUUGACAUGGUGACUUUAGCCUUUCUAAUCAAUGGAAGUCCUCAUGGCGUAUGCUUGGAUUUUGAUGGCUGCCUCAUGGAGUUGGACUACUUGGACAUCUGGGGCAGUUGUGAAAAUAUAGAGAACUUGAGCUUCAAGAACAGGCAAUAUGGAAGUGAGUUUGCAGGAGCCCUUUCCAAAACCUUGCCUAAGAUCAAACACCUGACAACAUUUCAGUUAACUGGUGGAAAUCUUAAAAGCCCAGGAUUUGAAGAUCUCGUUCGAGUUUUGCCAAACUGUCACCAGCUGGAAGAAAUAAAUUUGCAGGACAACAGGUUGAAGGAGCAGGAUCUGAUCAAGUUGGCAGAAAUAUUUCCCGCCAUAGAAAAGUUAAAGACAAUGGAUUUAAGCUACAACGAGAUGUCUGCAGGAACUGUCCUGGCCUUCAGCAAAGCAGCUGCAAAUUAUCCAAAAGUUUCCAAGCUUCAAAUAAGGAAGAGCAUCUUAAUAAUCUCAUUUGCUAACCUCUCUCCAAAGGAACCUAGAUUAAAAGAUGUCAGAAUUAAUGAAGAAGAAAUUGCUCCCCAACCCAGGAGUUUAAUUUUACAAUUGCAAGAUUGCCAGUUAGAUUCACAAAGGGCAGAGGAAUUGGUAGACAUUCUCCAGAACUGUUCCCACCUGUCUGAAAUCAAUUUAUCAGAUAACCAGCUUGGUGAUGAAGGAUGCAGAAAACUCAUGACUGUGGUGUCCCAGAUGUGCAUUUCUGGUUCUCUGAAUUUAAGCAACAACCAGCUUUCACUUAAGAGCAUAUUUUAUCUCCUGGACUCAGUGAAUCUUUGCCCAAAUGUUGCGAAGCUGGAAGCCAGAACUCUUUCUCAUCUCUCUAGUGUUGAUCAACAUAUUGCAGUUUUGACCUUUGUGAAUAAAGGAGGACCUGAUGCUACUCAGUCAAGGAAUUACAAUUUUCAUGAUGUCCAGUUAAACAAAAGUCAACAGAUGGAGGUGACAUCAAAGAAAAUAUGCUUGGCAGGUAAUCAUUUUCAUGAUGAAGAUCUCAAGAACUUGUGCUUAGCACUGAAAAGGUGCAGCAGCAUAUUAGAAUUAAAUUUGUCAAAUAAUUCUUUCGGUGACUCAGGAGUUCUGCAGAUAAUGAAUUCCAUCCAAGAUCUGAAGAAUUUGAAUUCUUUAAUUCUGGAUAAUAACCAAAUGUCACUGGAUGGUGUCAUUUCCUUGCUGGAAUUCUUCUCCGGCUUAGAACAUAUCACUUCAGUGCAUUUAGGUUUGGGAAGCAUCCAGAGAUGUCGCUUAAGCUUUGGAGAACAAAUCAGGUAUAGCCCGGCCAAUGAGCAUGUCAGGAAGCAGAUGAGCUGCCGUUGCUUUUACCUGGAAAAUUGCACAAUCCAGCUGGACAUGAUUCGCCUCUUUAAGAUUCUCACCAAAUGUUCUGGAUUGGCAGAAAUCAACUUCUCUGGAAAUUCACUAAAUGAUCAAGAUGUUAAGCAGAUGGUGUUGUGUCUGUCCGGUCUCAGCAGCUUAAGAUUCUUAAGCAUCAGAGAUAAUGCGUUUUCAUCCAAUGGGAUUUGCUUGCUGGCCAGUUCGUUCAACCAGUGCAGGAGAAUCUCUGAAGUAAACAUCAGAUCAAGGAAAAAUGCUUUUUUGUGUUUUGUGGAAAAUCAAGCAAGUGAAGCACUCUUCUGCAGGUUCAUCAACUGUGGCAUUGACCAGCCCGUUCUCAGAGAGCUGUGUGCCGUAUUUGAAAACUGUGACCAUCUUGCAGAACUGGAUCUGUCUGGGAAUGAUCUUGACGAUGAAGGAUUAAGGUGGAUUCUCGGACAUUUGCCCAAGAUCCAGAAUUCCUGCUCAUUGAAAAUCAACCACAAUGGAAUCUCGCCAGAUGGAGUUCUCCUGCUUGUUAAUUUCCUUGCCACAAAGGAUGAUGUGGUUGAAGUUCAAGCAAGUUUGUGCUCUGAAAAAAUGCUGCUUAUCAGACUCAAGAAACAAGAUAAACCUCAAAAGAUCCUGAGUCUAAAGGAAUGCAACCUCCAAGCAGAACAUCUGGCACAGCUGUUGAGUAGGCUGGAAGGAUGCCCUGCCCUGAGCAAUUUCAUAUCAAUCAACAAUGGCCUGACACUCAGAAGUGCCAAAACUCUCCUUAGGUCUCUAAGAAGAUCGACUAGCAUGCAAAAAAUAAGCAUAGAAGAACCAUGGGUGACACAUGAAAGUUUUCCUGCCCUCCUGAGCCUGGCUGCUGAAGUCCAGGGAGAAGUGAUUACCAUCAUGAAAGCUGGUUCCCUCUUUAUGCUGGAACAGAAAUUUCCUCCCCAGGUGGGGAAAAGAGAGUUUGUGGUCAACAGGUGGUUUGGCUGCUCCAGGACAUCUCACACACUGCUUCCUGAUGCUGAAGGACCAACCUCAUUUGAUGCUUUGGUGCAUUUUCCAGCACUGCAGAAACUUUGGUUAACCGAUGACCGGAUUCCUCCCACCAGCGUUGAAUACGUAGCUGAGAUAUUGCGACGGGGCUUUGCCAUUGAAGAUAUUAAUUUUUCCAAUAGUGAUCUCAGCUUGGUCAGUCUCAGUGUUCUCCUUGAUGCUUUGGAGGGCAAACACCACUUAAAGAGUAUCAAUUUUGGCUCCUUGAACCUUGACAACACCACAAUUCUGAAGUUGUCUUCAAGGCUCUCUACAAUGCCUUUCCUGAAAAAACUUGGUUUGAACAAUAACCAUCUCGACAGUCAAAUGUCUUCCCACCUUGCAGAAGUUUUGAAGACCACACCUCAAAUAGAAGAAAUCGACUUAAGCUACAACAAGAUUGAUGAUGCAGGCAUGAAAGAGAUAGCUAUGGUCCUUCCAGCAAUGAAGAACGUGAAGCUAAUCAAUUUUUCCUGCAACAGCAUCACUUCGGCUGGAGGACAAUGGAUUGCAGAAGGUCUGAUUGAGAGUGAGAAGCUGGAAAUACUCAAAUUAUCUUGGAACAAUAUUGGAAAUAAGACUUUGGAAAAACUGGCUCCAAUUUUGCCUUUCAAGAAGCAUUUGAAAGUCCUCCACCUCUCUCACUGUCAGUUGGAUUCCGAAGGAUUCAGCCAUUUGGUGGGAAUCUUGGCCAAAUGUCCACAGAUAGAGGAAAUCAACUUUUCAGAAAACAACAUUGGCGAUAAAGGUGUGAUGUCCUUUAUGACACCAUGGCCAAAAUCUUCACAACUCAGGAAGAUUGAACUAAAGGUCUGUGGUAUCAGCGAUCGUGCUUCCAAAACUCUAAUUGUCGGACUCAGCUGCUGUCCUUUCCUUGAAGAGAUUGUCUUGUCUUGGAAUAAACUUGGUGAUGAAACUGCCAAAGAACUCACCAUGGUUCUCCCUGGGAUGAUAAGGAUGAAGAUUCUGGAUCUGGACAAUAACAAUAUCACAAGUUACGGCGCUUCCAUGUUGGCAAAGCAGCUUCUUCGAUGUCCUGGAAUCCAGACUAUACGUUUAUGGCACAAUCCGAUCCCAAAAGACGUCGAGCAGCAGCUGGCCGAUCAAGAGCCACGAUUACAUUUUGCCUUCCUUUGAGAUGGGAGAAACGGACCCAAACUUGUAACUUCGAGGGAGAUUUGUUACUAUCCAAAGUCUUUUGGACACGAGAGUAAGGAGGAGUGUUUCUUGGAUCUCAUUAGAGAAGCCUUUCUCCAGCCCACGAAUGAGACUGUAUCAAAUCAUCCUUAGCUCUACUGGUGUUAAAGUAGCUUCAUUUCAAUGCCAUCCUCACGAGAACGGCCAAUCCAGAAGGCUGUUUGUUUGGAGACACACCAAUGAACUAUGGGGCUUUGGAACAGAGGCUUUGGAAUGGGGAUUUUGCACCUUGGGAAAAGACCUGAAGUCUGCAAAAUUGGAUUUUGGCUUCUUGAAAUAUCUUUGCUCUCACAGAGUACCAAAAGGAGGUACACUAAUUUUGCACUAAUGCACUGAGAAUCCUUUACAGAAAACAUGCAUGGAAAGAAGCAUUGGAUUCUGCAGUGUGGACGAACACUGGGUUUUUAACCUAUAUUUAUUUAUUCUAUUAUUAUCACAAGUUACUUUCAUUUGGUUGAUGCUGGGGGCUGGUUGAACCUGGGGAUGUAAAACGAAUGAAUUCAAUCUUCAAGGGGUUUUCCAAAGACCCCCACUAGAUGGCGCUCUGCCCUUAUGGAAUGUGAUAGAGAAGCAGGGGUUGUCUUCUAUGGGAUAAUGAAGGAAAAAAGGAAUUCUAAGAAGUCGGGGACACAAAUACCUUUAUCUGUAAGUCCCAAGAUUUUGUUCAAGGAGGCAGAGGGAGAUUAAGCAGGUGCAGAACUGAGAGGUAGAAGUUAAGUGGUCCUUAAGCUCCUGAGCCCCUGGAGAUGCUGCCUAUUACCCAAAGAAAAGAUGGAGGUCAGUUGGACUUAGCAGGUGUAGAAAGUAAGAAAGUGAGGAGGAAGAUUUUUUUUAAAAAGUCAAGAAUGUCCUGAUAAUAUUCAGAAGCGCACUGAUGAUGUUACCUAGUUGGGUCAUGAAACGUCUUGCCAAGUGAACCACCAAGCUCAGAGAACACCAAGGACCCCACAGUCCUCAUCCUUUUCCUCCUCCUCUCUGCAAAUCCCACUCCCUUCUAGUUCUGAUGAUGUUACCUAGUUGGGUCAUGAAAUCUGCAAAUCACCCACUCAGAGAGAGCAUCCAGGACUCCACAGUUCACCCCAGAGCUGCAGAGAUUCUCUUCUGUUGAAACCACAUGUGGGCAUCAGAUG